ACUCUCGCGAUCGUCAAGACCGAUACUCUCGCGGUCCACCUGUUGCUGAACGAGAACGCUCUCGAGAGCGAUCUCGCUUCCGCGAAGAAGAGCGCUUUGAGUCCCGUCUCCGUGAAGAUGACCGAUAUGGCCCCCCCGGCGCGCGCAGCAGGUCGAUAUUACGAGGAUGAGCACCUGUCUCAUCCAUCUACUUCUGGCCCCUUAGUGGCGCAUGACCGUCGCCGUCGUCGUGAUGAGAGCCCCUCAUUCACUAAGCCCCGUCUACUUAGGCGCCAGUCUUCCCUCGAUACCUUUGAUCGCAUCCCUCGCCGCAAGAUGGAAGCAUUUGAUCGUGCCCGUCCCCGCAUGCCCCCACCUCCGGCACAUCACCCUUCACCCGGGCGAUACCGUGAGCGUGAAGUCUAUGAAGACAUCCGCAUCGCCGAACCGGACUCCUACGGCGACGAAGAAUUUCGAGAAUUCGACGACAGAGAGAGAAUGGUGAUGGAUCGUCGACAUCGCCGUUCGAGCAGCGGUGCUCGUCACCGUCAUGAAGAGAAGCCAUACCCGCGCAAGGGCAAGACCCGCAUUCCUCGGAAAUGGGUGCAUGUCCACGCUAUCUUGGAUCUGGGGUACCCGUUCAAGGAGGAGAACGAGACGAUUAUUAUUCAGAAGGCAUUGUCCAAGGAGCAAAUUGACGAAGUAAUCAGUCUCAGCAAAUCCUUCCGCCGUCCAGCCCACACCGAAAGUAGGUUACUUUUACUUUCUCAGAGUUCCCUUUGGAAAAGGCCAAUGAUGGCUGACCAGUACACAGCUGAAUAUCUUCGUAUCCCUCGAUCCCCGGUUCGACAACUUCCGCAGGAGCGCGUCACCACCGAGUACCUCGAGGUCGACACCCACACUACUCGCGACACUCACACUACUCGUUCCCAUCACCACUCGCCUCGCUCAAGCCAUGACGCCUUUAUCGUCGAAGCCUCGCCAUCACGCCGCGAGGAUAUAGAGUACGAAGAAAUUGUCGAGCGGCCUCGGCCUCGACCUCGCGCCGUCUCUCGACCGCGAUCUAUUUCCGUGCAUGGACGCCGUCGUGCAGUGUCUUCAGUACAGUUGGUUGAACCCCGAGGUCAUUUUGAGGAACGUAUUGAAUCUCGGCCACAUUCUGGUCAGAUGAUGGUCGUUCGUCCUCGGGAUAGUGAUCACGAAGUCGACGCAUAUAUUCGUGAGCUAGAAGAGGAAACGAGAAUGUUGCGACUGGAGCGUCAGGGUGGUUACGAAAUCUCACGACAUCGUGAAACCGAUACCAUUGACAACAGAGGUAAUGCAGAGGAGAAGAUUGAGAUCAGCAAAUCUGAGCGCAAAGAACCCAAUUCUCGGGUGAUGCGCGCUAUGUUGGCGACUCUGACGUGA